AAUUCCAAAGAAGAAAAGAAAAGCCACGUUUUGGGAGUUGGUUUGGUGCUAACUUGGGGAGAUGGUAUUCUCGUCCAACCCCUUAUCCCUCAGCGUCCCCGAACCCGCCUUCGAAUCAUGGCUCCGCGACUCCGGCUAUCUCGAAGUCCUCGACCACCGCUCUUCCUCCACCGCCACCACAAGCUCUGACUCUACCGCUACCACCACUGCCGCCACCAUCACCACCUCAACCUUUACCAUCACCGGCGUUCUCUUCUCCCAUGUCCUCACCCUGCUCUCCCUCUUCACUCUCAACCCCUUCUCCAAGCUCACCACCCUCGACUUCUCCGCCCCAACGCCGUCCUGGACUUAUGGGUUCAUUGGGUCCUGCGACUCCUACUCGUUCCCGUCCACGCCGGCUCAGGCCAGGCUGAGGGUCCACGAGAAUGUCAAGCGCUAUGCCAGGAACUAUGCCACCCUCUUUAUCCUCUUCUUCGCGUCUAGUCUGUAUCGGAUGCCUCUUGCUCUUGUUGGAUUGAUAUCAUGUUUGGCACUAUGGGAUGCUUUCAAGUUUUGUAGUGAUAGAUGGGGAUUAGAUCAAUACCCAGUAUUUCGACAAUGUCUGGUUCGCAUUGCCCAAUGUGUGGCUGCUGUUAUUCUGAUGUAUUCAAAUGUUCAAAUGGCUAUGUUCUGUGCACUUAGCAUCAGUUAUGCAGGUAUGAUUUUACAUGCUGCAUUCCGGAAGCUGACUCCUGCAAAGCAGCCUUCUCAUGGGAGAAAUAUGUAGGUUUGAGCAAAAUAAGCAACAUUAUGUUUAGCUGUAGUCUGAGGCCUGUUACUGCAAGAGAUCAACAACCAUGAUGACCUCUGACUGUGAUACAGUAGAUGGUGCUCGUGAAGCAUAUAGUAGAUCUCCAAAUCCGUGCUCCUUUUUGGAUUAUACUCGUUACCGCCUCACUUAAGCGAAAUGCUAAAUUAUAGUCACUCCUUUGACCAAAGAGUUACUUGGCUUGCCCUAGUCAUCAUGUCAAAGUUUGAGGCUUAUUUGCUUAAGCAGUUGUACAAGUUAUAUAAUGAAAUUCUGUCUUAUACCAGUCAUGUUCUACGUGUAAUUGUACAAGGUCUAAUACGUCUCUUUUAGCUUUAACUUAUGGUUGAUUGAUCUUAUGGUAAUUUGUAGUCA